AUGUCUGAUUUGAAUUGUGUUUGGAAAUUGACUCUACAUUAUAGAAACUAUCCAGAAGAUUAUUUAUUACCACUCCCGACAUAUCAAACAUUAGAAUCACAUUGGGUCAAUCAAUUGAAAGAAUCAUGUUAUGUUCAACACGGUACUGCUAAACCUGUUAUGAUCCUUUCAAAACAAGAUUCAUCAGAUUUAUGGAAUUCUAUAAAACAUCAUGAUUAUGAACUAUUUUGGUCAAAUAUGCCAAAAAUUCAAAGUAGGAAUUCAAGAAGACUUAAAAAUAUCCCUAUAAGGCUUUAUUUACCAGCUUCUGAUAAAGUUGUUGAUUUACCAGUUACUGCUUAUGAUAGUGAAGAUACCACAGUGACAUUAGGUCAAGCUUUGAAAAAUGUAUUACCUGAUUUAUUCCCAUCUGUGAGGACUAAUAUAAUUGCCAAACCGGUAUUACAUGGUGUUACAAUCCCCUUGGAAACUCCUUUAGCUGAUUUAUAUUAUGAAGCCAUCUAUAUUGACGGAUUUUUACAUGUUUCUAUAGUACUAAUUAGUUGA